AUGACCGUGUACGGCGAAACGGGUUCGUUUAUAAGCAUCGGCCCACUGCCAGUGGUGUGCGGAAGCACCAACGAAGAAGUCCCGCGCAACGUUCCCGAUAGUAGCAGCAGUAGCCUAGACAGCCUAUACCACCGAAUAUUAGAUAACAAUGAGUUCGAGAAGCUACACUCGAAAGCUCGCGUGGAACACCCUGUAUUACCUCCAUCGAAGGUCGCUUCGAGCAUAGAUAACCGUUUGAAGCCGCUCGAUGCGGUAACGCAAACCGUUCCGAUCGAAGAAAACUAUAAUGACCGCACCGAGCUGGGUCAGGGCCCGUCAAGCGUGCUGCAUACCUUUCAGGCGCAGCGCACCUUCCAGGCGAAGUUAGUUAAUCAAUUUAGUGACAAGUACGUCGCAUCCGACGAGCGUCACCGGCGGUCAGCGUCCAGCGCAUUAGAAGUGGCCCCGCCACGGGAAGCUCCCUCCGGUGGGUCCUUCGUGGAAGAAUCCACCUCACGCCCGCUGGCACCGGUACAAAUGGUGGCAGACAGUUCCGUACAUCCGCAGGACGCGCCAGAAGGCACAGAAAGUCAAGUGCACGACACGGGGUCGAGUGCAUACCGCACCGAGCACACGGACCCCCGAUUGGCCGGGGGAGAAAGUUUAAGAGCACGUAAUUUAGACCAACCACCGGCAUCCGAAGGUAGUGGAGUGGCCACCGGUUCACUCGAACACUCAAAGUCAGAUCAACCGAAGGCUCCCGGGGCUGGACCAGGGGAUACCCCGACCGGUUCCAACUCAUUAGCCCGUGUCUCAUCACCGGAGCGCACUCCAGGAGGAAGAACAAUUACAUCGUCCCACGGCAAGACGGCUCCACACGACGCGGAGCACCUACCGGCGGGCGAAAGUUUCAUGCUGCUCGACGACAGUGUCUACAUUACACCGGGCCACCGGCCGGCACGGGUGGACCACGCCGCGGGCACCGGGAUCUUCGGGACACGCACGAACUUCGGCGAACAAAUCAUCUUCCUCAAUGGGCCGGAUCUGCUCGAAUCGAGCGUCGAGCUGGUCGAACCGGUGGCCUCGCGGGCGCAAAUGGGAAAACUUCCACGCCAAGUUCGCACCCCGUUCGGCCGAGCGGAAGGACGCGAGUACGAAGAACCGCUGGCCCUGCCGCUGCGACCCAUCAUCCGCGAUCCGGCCGACGACCAGCUGGCCGAGGCCAACGUCGUGGUGGUGUACGCGGACCAGCGCGAAACGGUGCGGCUGAACUGCGAGGUCGACGCCGACAUCACGACGAGCGUGUGGCUCAAGGACGGCCAGAUAGUGCACGCGAUGGACAAAAAGUCACGAACCACCGAUAUCCGGUUUGUGCGCGAACCGUUCGGGGCGCUCACCAUCGCCAACGUGAUGCUGGAGGACGACGGAAUGUGGCAGUGCGAGGCGGAGAAUGCCCGCGGCUUCUUCUUCAACGGCCGCCCGAUCAAGCUCAUCGUGCUCGAUCCUCCGAAGGCGCCGUAUCUGCUGAUCGAUUCGCGGCGUCUAGAUGCCAGCAAUAUGUUCAUCCCGGCGAAGGAGAACGCCGAGCUGACGCUGGCGUGCGUCAGCGAGGGGGGCAACCCGAAACCGUUGCUCAGCUGGGAGGUGCUCCUGAGCCCCGGACUCGACCGCCACGCACAGAAACUAUCGACCGAUGUGCUGGAGCUGCAGGAGAUAAAGAAGGAGCAGGACCGGGAACCGUACAAGAUCAACAGCGGGGCCGUUUCGGAAGCGAAGCUGGCGGCCGUCUUCCGGGUGCACCACAACGCGCGGAUCCUCUGCAUCAUGGAGCACCCGACGCUGAAGGUGCGCCAGAACGCAUCCAUCCUGCUCGACGUGCAAUAUACACCAUCGUUCGCCAUCACCCGGACGCCGGGCUUCGGGUAUCCGCUGCGCGAGGGCAUCGCGGUGUCGCUGAAGUGCGACGUCGACUCAAACCCACCCAGCACGGCGGUGUGGCAGAAGGACGACGGUGAGACACCGGUACCGCAAAUCGGCGACGGGUUCCUCAACUUCAGCUCGAUCCGACGGGAGCACUCCGGAUGGUACAAGUGCACCUCGCGGCAUCUCAACUUCCAGUACUCGAGCAUCGGGUACUACCUGAGCGUACGCUACGAACCGGUCGACGUAACUUCCGAGCCAGUCGAACAGGACCUCUCCCUGUCGGCCUUUUCACCCGCCUCCUCCUCCUCAUCCGCCGAUCCAUCCUCUACCGGCUCGGCGAUCGGUGGAAGCUCCUUCAACGACGGCCAAAUGGAGGUCGAACUCGGUGGCUCCGUUACACUGCAGUGCCCUCAAGGAUCGCUCGGAUGCUGGUCCCACCUCGAUUCGGCCUCGGUCCGGCUGAAGGGACUCUCCGGCCACAGCUACGGGCAGCUCUCGCUGAAGGACGUCGUCUACCAGGACGCCGGAACGUACAAGUGCGUCGGCCAGAGCCAGCCCGGAAACCACAGAACGAAACCGGAAGUGCCUCGGACUGUUUCGCUUGCGGUCAAAGCCACUCCGAAAGUAUCGGCAAGGAACUCCACGCCGACCGCCGGUCCGGGGGCCUCACUACAUCUGGCGGUCGAGUUCUGUGCUAAUCCGCCCGCUUAUGCUGCCCGGUGGCUGCACGGGGAUCAAGUGUACACACCCGGGAAUCACUACGGAAGCGAGGUCCUGGCGUACGGCCUAACGGACUUGCCGACGCCGCACUGCAAGGAGACACGUCUGACCUACGUGCACAUGAACGAGCGGGUCGCCAGGACCUUCUACUUCCUCGUGUCGUCACCGGGCGGUGUGGCCGAGGCCGUCUUUCGGGUGAACUUUACGCAAGCGAAAAAGCACAAACCGGCGAACGCGCGGGGACCGUCCGGCGGUACGGGUUCAUCGUUCGCUUCGCACCCACCGUUCACUUCCGGCACGGGGAAGUCGGGUGGAGCCAACCUCAAGCCGCACGGCACACACCCGCUCAACACCCUGCACGGCAACAAACUGGACGACGGGCAGGAGGUGAUGACGGAACCGGAAGAGAUACAUUUUCCCAUCAACAGUGGCAGUGGCGCCGCCGGAGGUGCACUUCCGGUGCACGGCCCCAUCACGCUCCUCUCGGGCUGCAUCGCACUCGCGUCCUCUUGCUGCGAUAGUUUGCUUCGGUUUCGGUUUCGGUUUUGA